AUGGCGGCGGAGAAAUGGGUUUUCAUGGUGACGGCUCAAACUCCGACGAACAUCGCUGUGAUUAAGUAUUGGGGUAAGAGAGACGAGGUUCGGAUUCUUCCCGUCAAUGACAGCAUUAGCGUAACUCUUGAUCCAGAUCAUCUCUGCACCGUCACCACUGUCUCCGUUAGUCCUGCUUUUGAUCGGGAUCGAAUGUGGCUCAAUGGCAAGGAAAUCUCUCUAUCUGGAAGUAGGUACCAAAAUUGUUUGAGGGAAAUUCGAAGUCGUGCUGGUGAUGUUGAAGAUAAGGAGAAAGGUAUCAAGAUAGUGAAGAAAGAUUGGGAGAAAUUGAAUUUACAUAUUGCUUCUCAUAACAACUUCCCUACUGCUGCUGGCUUAGCAUCUUCAGCAGCUGGAUUUGCUUGUCUAGUUUUCUCACUUGCAAAGUUGAUGAAUGUGGAUGAAGAUCUUAGCCAUCUCUCUGCGAUAGCCAGGCAAGGUUCAGGAAGUGCUUGCCGUAGUUUAUUUGGUGGUUUUGUCAAGUGGAAAAUGGGAAGUAGAGAAGAUGGAAGUGACAGCGUUGCGGUUCAACUGGAAGAUGAGAAGCAUUGGCAUGAGCUUGUUAUCAUCAUUGCUGUGGUGAGUUCACAGCAGAAGGAAACAAGCAGCACCUCUGGAAUGCGUGAAAGUGUUGAGACAAGUUUGCUUUUACAGCACAGAGCAAAAGAAGUUGUGCCAAAACGGGUCCUGCAAAUGGAGGAAGCUAUUAAAAACCGAGAUUUUGCAUCUUUAACACAAUUGAGCUGCGCAGACAGUAAUCAGUUUCAUGCUGUUUGUUUGGAUACAUCUCCACCCAUAUUUUACAUGAAUGACACUUCCCACAGGAUAAUUAGCCUAGUUGAAAAGUGGAACCGUUCUGAAGGCACACCACAGGUUGCUUACACCUUUGACGCUGGCCCGAAUGCUGUACUGAUUGCACGCAACAGAAAGGUAGCAGUUCAAUUGCUCCAGGGGCUGCUCUACUAUUUCCCUCCUAAGUCUGACACUGAUAUGAGGAGUUACGUAGUGGGAGAUACUUCGAUUCUAAAAGAGGCAGGAUUAGAUGGAGCAAAUAGUGUAGAGAGUCUGCAACCUCCACCUGAAAUAAAAGACAACAUUGGAUCUCAGGAUCAAAAAGGAGAAGUAAGUUAUUUUAUCUGCACUAGACCUGGAAGAGGUCCCGUUGUGCUUCAUGACCAAACUCAAGCCCUUCUCGAUCCUGAAACUGGUCUUCCCAAGUGA